AUGAGUCUCGAGUGCAAGGUUUACCAGAAGGAACUUCGGUCUCUCGGGUAUGGACUCCCGCUAUACGAGCCAAACCCAGCGGACUACGAUCAUGUCCGUAUAGGCGAUGUUGGCAUUGCAGACAAAGAUGGAUAUUUCACGAGAAUAUUCAACUGCUUUGCGCAAGCGGACCAUGAGAUCAAUGCUCGAUACGGAGUUCCUGAGGACUUCGAGCCAUUGGAAGAGUGGUGUAAAUUAACGAAAGCAAGGCAAGCGUUGGAACCGGGACUCUGGUAUAAGUCACAGCAUGUUCACCAGAUUGAAGGUAGUGUCGAAUUCUCAAAAACAAAUGCUUCUGCCGGAAUGAGGGUCAAUUUUACAGUCUCCAGUCAGCAAGGUGCUGCGUUCUGUUUAAAGAACAGUGCGGAACGGAUAGAUGCGACUCGUCAUAUUCUCUUGCGCAAGUACAUGCUCAAGCACUUCGAAUCAUGGGAAAAUUUUAUUCGUGACACAGGAAUUGCCUUCGAGUUACAGAAUAUGAUUUUCCGCACACCGAACAUCGAGGGAUCUAUUUCUCUCACAAUAGGUAGUAUUAUGGCCACCGCCACCGCUUCGUUUUCCAGAGGAUCAGAGUCUACCCUUGACGUCCCCGUACGCAUUAGGUCUAACCCUUAUAAUCCCUCCGAACGACAUUAUCUACUGGAUGGUGAUGCUACAUCUCCCGGAACUGCCGAAGCAUUCAAAGAUCAAUGUUUAUUUCUGCGCGGGUACCGCGUCGCAAAAAGGCGCAUCUUACCCGUGAAACUACGAGCGGCUGCUGGACCUGGAAAUCUUGACAUGGAUGGAGACGAUGACACCUACGCUGAUGUCUUUCCGAUUGGUUUUGACUCUGACGAAGAAAGUCAGAUUGACGAGGUUAUUGCAGAUCACAAUUUUGCGAUGGACCUUGUCUUUAAGCAUACGAAUGCAGAGAUCGCUAUCAUUAAUGAAUCCGACAUUUGUUAUUUAGCGAAGGUUAUUGGUAAUCACACAGAACAACCAGCAUCGUGGAGUCGUGAGGAAUUUCGUGCAAUAGGGUUGGAGAUUAAGGUGGAAUUUGAUCCUCAAGUGCAGAAAACGGUUGGGACGUUGAAGAUGUUACCGUUGGCGGCCGUUGUCUCGAGCAGUGCAGGUCCGACAGUUCUGCCUUACAAGGACUCUGUGGCAGACGGUAAACUCGAUUACAAAGGCGAUGACUGGAUCAGUCAAGCCCCAUCGGUAAAGUGGAAAGAAGUUGUCUCUGUGUCUAACUUGAAGCAAUCCAGAGAAGACAGCGAAGGAAUCUAUGAAGAUGACAAAUUCAUCAAUACGGGGCCUUCUAAAGGGAAAGGGAAAGAAGUUGCCUCUGUCCCCAAUACAGAAGUGCAAAUGAAAGAAUCCCGAAUCUCCAGUCAUCCUAUCGCCUUUGGAGCGAAAGACACAACCGGUCAAUUACGGGAUGCUCUGACAAUACUACCCAACCAGGUACUUAUAGGACACAUAGACGGUGUCCGCAGCGUGGCAUUCUCUCCUGAUGGUAGUCGCAUCGCGUCUGCCUCGGUAGACUGCACAGUUCGACUCUGGGAUGCUGCGACUGGCGUGCAAAUCAGGGAACUACUUCGCGGAUAUCAAUAUUCUGUUCGCUCGGUUGCGUUCUCACCAGACGGGAGUCGCAUCGCAUCUGGAUCUUGGGAUGGAACAAUUCGACUUUGGGAUGUCGUGACGGCCACGCAAGUCGAAGAACUUCUUCGCGGACAUGAUGGCCCGGUUGAGUCGGUUGCAUUCUCUCAAGACGGGAGUCGCAUCGCAUCAGGGUCUGUGGACAAAUCAAUUCGACUUUGGGAUGUCGCGAUGGGUAUGCAAGUCGGGGACCCUCUUCGCGGACAUGACCAGUGGGUUGAGUCAGUUGCAUUCUCUCCAGACGGGAGUCGCAUCGCGUCUGGGUCUCAAGGCAGAACAACUCGUCUUUGGGAUGUCGCGAGAGGCAUGCAAGUUGGGGAACCUCUUCAUGGACAUGAUAAUAUAGUUCAGUCGGUUGUAUUCUCUCCAGACGGGAGCCACAGCACAUCUGGGUCUUGGGAUAAUACAAUUCGACUAUGGGAUGCUACAACAGGGAAGUAG